AUGGUACGACCCUCGAUCGGCCAGACACGGGCGAUUCAAGUUAUCAACAAGCUGAGCAGCAAGGUGUUGAUAGUGCAUUGUCAAUCCAAAGACGACGAUAUGGGUGCCCACGCCAUCUCUUUCAACGAGAGCAUCAGCUGGCAGUUCGAACUGGACAUCAUUGGUGGGACACUUUUCUGGUGCAAUCUCGCGGUCGAAGAUAGACGACUUUCUUUCGUAGCGUACGAUGCAGAUAGGCACGGGAAUUUCUACAUUUCUGUGUGGGAAGUCUGUGACGACGGGCUUUUCGGGAGGUACGUGUCUGGUGUAUAUCGACAUUUCAUUUGUCGAUGGAACUCGUCGGGAAAAGACUGUGGGUACCCGUGA